AUAAAACAGCUUCUGAAAGAUAAACCUGAACAUGUGGGUGUGAAAGUAGGUGUUCGUACAAGAGGAUGCAAUGGACUUUCCUACACGUUAGAAUAUACAAAAUCAAAAGGAGACUCUGAUGAAGAGGUAGUUCAAGAUGGGGUUAGAGUGUUCAUUGAGAAGAAGGCACAGCUGACACUUCUAGGAACUGAAAUGGACUAUGUAGAAGACAAACUGUCCAGUGAGUUUGUCUUCAAUAAUCCAAACAUCAAAGGAACAUGUGGCUGUGGAGAAAGCUUUAACAUCUGAAAUCUCAGGACUACUUCUUUGACUUUGAACACCCCAAAACACUGCUAUGGCUUUCAGAAGCAAAUGCAUUUUCUUCAGGUUCGUAGGCUGCGUGAAGUGUGGAUACCAUUAAGAAAAAUAAAUCCUUUUGAAAAAGUAAAUUGUUUGUUAAAUUCCACCACUGAUGUAGUUAUACUAUAAUUUGUGAUGAGUUGGGAUUCAAAAGGUAAGAACAGUAAGUGCUGUAGUAACAUCUCUGUACUUUCACAUGCCAAGGAAAUAAAAUCUGCCUGUUCUUUUCCUUUGUAAUUUUCUUUGUCCACUCUACUCAGACUUCCCCAUCCGAAACCUAUUGGAAAGAAUGUUACCUAUGUGUUCUGCUUUGAUGUGGGGAGGAAAAAAAACCACCACCAAAACAAAAA